UCCCUGUUUCUCCCUUCCUCUGCUCCGAUCUCUUCGUCACUCCUAUGAGCCUAUCUUGUUACACUUCAAAUCCAAUGGAAGAAGUAGAUGAAUCAGAGACCAAUUGGCUCGACAGUUUGGGCGAGGAGCUUGUGAGAGAGCUCCUUGAUGACACUAUACCUGUCUUCGUCUCGCCCAACGUCACAGAACCUGAACCAGAUACAAGAAGUGAAUCCAUAAUCAACAAGCUCAUCUCAAGGGUCCACUCAUCCGGCCCGACAAUUGGUGGUAUCGAGAGUGCACAAUCUGAAACCUUUCAGAGUGGUGAGCCAGAUGGCCAUGGCAGUUCCCGACCCAUUAUCUCACUACCAGAGAAAGGAUUGGGUAAGAUGGAGAGUAAGUAUACUCUAAGGAUCAAGACCUCCCAGAAUGGGCCUGCUGAUGAUGGCUACAAGUGGAGGAAGUAUGGGCAGAAAUCCAUCAAGAACAGUCCUAAUCCGAGGAGCUACUACAGGUGCACCAACCCAAGAUGCAAUGCCAAGAAGCAGGUGGAGAGGUCGAUGGACGAUCCAGAGACGUUCAUUGUCACCUAUGAAGGCCUCCACCUUCACUAUACCUACUCGCACUUCUUCCUAUCCCGAACCCAGGAUUCCUCAGCUGCUGACCUUCAUCUGUCUAAGAAACCAAAGAUCCAAUCCAUGAGCAUGCAGACCCAAGUAGCUGAUUGCCCGGUUACAGAGAACACAGCAUGGAGCUCAUCCAUAAUGGAGCAGAAUCAAUUGCAGCCUUGGAUCAGUGGAGGCCAAAGCCCACAAGGAAGGCUUCUGGAAGAAGUUGUGCAGUGUCCGGUCCGAGAGGACACUUCGCAGCAGGGGUUUCUUGAUGAUCUCAUGCAGAGCCCACAAGGGCUGUUGGAAGAUGUAGUACCAUUGUUGGUGAGAAAGCCAUCCAAUUCAACCACCUCUUCCUAUGAUCCUCGCUCCUCAUCCCCAGCAUCUUCUCCAUCUUAUUCCUCCCUUUCUUGGACGCCCAUUUCUUCUUACCUUGAUGUGGGAAUACUCUCUAGCAUUAUCUGAAUGGAAACUGGUAGUCAAAAGGACAAAGAUAAUGUCACGUAAGUGGUAAUUAGAUAGCUAGAAGUAUAUACUUUGGCUUAGAACUGCAUGGGUAAAACAUAGUCGCUCCAGUCCUCUUUUACACCAUGUAAUACUUCAGCCAUUGGAUAUGACAGCAUAAUAAGGAAACAUCGCAAACUCAAUGAACAAUAUUCAAGCCUAAUUUUAUGUACAUCAUAAA